AUGGGAGUUAGCCAGCGCGUCAAAUCCAAGUACGUCUUUCGUCUUUCGAUCCCAUUCCUCAAGACAAAGCGAAUGAACAUGGAAGGGGACCGCGUAGACAACAACGACGACGAUACACACGACACGGAUGACAAUGUCUAUGCCUUCCCAGGUACAAACAUCCCGCAUACAGUUCACGUGCGGUACGCUUCAGAACCCGACUUUGAGUCAGACGUCGGUUCAGAUGAGGAUGUCGGCGUGGACACGGAUACAGGCAUUGAUCCCCUCGAUACCAGUGCCACUGCCACUCCCAGUGAUACACAGAUACAGAGGAAGAGAAUAGUCAGCUGGGACGGCAUAAAAGAGCAAGCUCGGAGCCGAUGGACAACGGAACAGGAACGGAAGCUUGAACAUGCGCGGGCGGAGCUGGCUAGGUGCCAGAAGGCAUGGAGCUCAGAGCAGGAGGUCUGGUUGAAAUGUGAAUUAGCACUACCACUACUUGAGAUACCCAACCUGAUGGCACGAGGGGGGAAAGGACUGAGACUAACGGAAGCAGAUUGA